AGAAAAUCCCAAAAAAAUAAUUAAAAAAAAAAAAAGACAGCAGAGCAAGGUACAGUUUGCUGUUGUUGUUCUUGUUGUUUGUUGUUAAAUUUAGUAGGGAUGAUGAUCAUGUAGUAACCCACAGAAAGUGGGUCCCUUGCCCCAAGCCAACCUGGUUUUCGUUUUUAUUCUCCUCCUCCUCCCUCCAUUUCUUCUCUUCCUCCAUUCUUCAAGCUUUUUUCUUUGGCAAGAUCUGGUCUUCUCUCCUUCUCUCUCUCUCUCUCUCUCUCUCUGCAUUGAAGGAGACAAGUCUUGAUUCUUUUUCAAUGUAUAUUUACCGUUUUGUUUAUAAGGACUCGGAGGAAGCCUCGUUUAAUGCCACAGAGAUCUGAGAAUUUUCUUGUAGAAGAUGAGAAAUUAGGAGAUGGGGAAGAAAGGGGGUUGGUUUGCUGCCGUGAGAAAGCUCUCAGCCUGAAUCAAGGAAAGAAGGAUCAGAAAUCCCCCAAAUCAAAGAAAAAAUGGUUUGGGAAGCACAAAAAUUUGGAUCCUGUUUCUUCUUCUGUAGAAACUGCAUUGGUUGUGCCUCCUCCCCCUCCACCGCCGCCGCCACCUCCUCUUCCUCCCAUUAAAGAUGUGAAAUUAUCAGAAGCCGAAAACGAGCAGAGUAAACAUGCUUAUUCCGUGGCUGUCGCUACUGCUGUCGCUGCAGAAGCAGCUGUUGCAGCUGCACAAGCCGCGGCUGAGGUUGUUCGUCUCACGACCGUGCCACGGUUCUCCGGAAAAUCAAGGGAGGAAAUAGCUGCUAUCAAAAUUCAGACAGCAUUUAGAGGAUACUUGGCAAGGAGGGCAUUGCGUGCUCUGAGAGGUUUGGUGAGGUUGAAAUCAUUGAUUCAAGGGCAAUCUGUUAAACGCCAAGCAACUAUCACAUUAAGAUGCAUGCAAACUCUUGCUCGCGUUCAAUCUCAAAUCCGGGCAAUGAGGAUCAGAAUGACAGAGGAGAACCAGGCUCUUCAGCGCCAGCUUCAACAGAAACACGAAAAGGAGCUCGAGAAGAUGAGAGCUUCUGUGGGAGGAGAGUGGAAUGAUAGCAUACGUUCGAAAGAGCAGGUUGAGGCAAGUCUGUUGAACAAACAAGAAGCUGCUAUGAGAAGAGAAAGGGCCUUGGCUUAUGCAUUCUCUCAUCAGCAAACAUGGAAGAACCCUUCAAAAUCUAUAAACCCAACAUUCAUGGAUCCAAAUAAUCCUCACUGGGGUUGGAGUUGGUUAGAACGAUGGAUGGCAGCCCGUCCAUGGGAGACUCGGAGCACGGCAGUAGAUAAUACUGAUCAUGGAUCUGUCAAGAGCACUGCCAGCCGCACCACGUGCGUAACAGAAAUUAACAAAGCAUAUUAUCACCGUGAUAAGAAGGCCUCACCCAAGCCACAAAAAUCAACUCGACCUUCCAGUCGUCAAUCUCCUUCGACUCCUCCUUCAAAGGCACCAUCUGCAUCAUCAGUAACUGGGAAAACAAAGCCACCAAGUCCGCGAGGGAGUCAAUGGGGAGGUGGUGAUGAUGAUUCAAGGAGCACAUUCAGUGUUCAGUCAGAGCGGUAUAGGAGACACAGCAUUGGAGGAUCAUCGGUUAGAGAUGACGAAAGCCUUUCGAGCUCACCUUCAGUACGAAGUUACAUGGUGCCUACACACUCAGCUAAGGCCAAGUCUCGGUUACCGAGUCCGCUGGGGUCAUCAGAGAAGAAUGGAACACCUCCUGGACUUGCCAAGAAGCGACUCUCCUUUCCUGCAUCACCAGCUGGAGCAGGGGCGAGGAGGCUCUCAGGUCCACCCAAGAUAGAUACGAAUUCCACUACAGCCACUGGCAUGUCUGCGGAAGAUAAUAUUAGCAAUGGCGGAACCAGGUAGCAGGAAAGGAAAGCAGAGAAACAAAAUGCAAGUUGGGAUGAAGGGGAAACGAAUAAGAAGUAUGAAUUACUAGGAGUUUGCUGUUUCUGUGCAUUAAAACACAGAAACAUGUAAUGAUUAACAUGUAAUCAACAUGUAAUGAUUAUAUUCUGUGGAGCAGAUUUCUUCAUCUGUAAUAUGUAUUCUUUGUUUGUCUGGUUCUGUUCUUUUAUAGAUUUCUGAGGAGAACUCAAAUCAAA